AUGCAAACUGUGGCGGAUGCAGGUUCAGGGUCAAGAGCUUUGGCAACCUGUACUGUGAGAGGGUCAAUAAACCAUGAUGAAUAUUUCCAUGUCGCCCACAUUGUCCGACCGGGAGAGACUCUGUCUUCCACUUUUCACGAAAGUCGCGUUGGUGGGAAAGGUGCAAACCAGGCUGUCGCUGUUGCGUUGGCCGCGGGCGGGGGUGAGUCAUCGGGAAGUAACCCGGCCAAGGUGAAGUUUUAUGGGACAAUUGGGCACGAUGGAGCUUGGAUUAGGGAGAGAAUGCGAGAGGUCGGUGUUGGUGUUGAGGGUAUCUUGGUCUCGGAGACCGAGCUUACGGGGAGGGCAAUUAUUCAGGUAGACGAGAGAGGAGAGAAUAGUAUCAUACUCUUCCCUGGCGCGAAUUAUAGCACCCUCCACGAAGACGCGUUCCGUGCCCAGUCUUUAACCACAGCAGGCACAGGCGGGUACUUCCCGCACAGCACACAUCUUCUCUUGCAGAAUGAAAUUCCUUUGGAAGCAACCUUAUCCGCCAUACAUAGUGCUAAAGUCUCGUCGCAACCUCCCAGACAAAGUCAACUUGGAGGCCAAAGGGAUACUAUUGUGAUCAUCAAUCCCUCUCCACUCCCGGCGCGGGACACGAUCUCCGCGUUCCCAUGGGAGAAGGUCGACUGGCUGAUUGUGAAUGAGGAUGAGGCAAGGGAGUUGUUUGAAGCGUUUGGCGGCGGCGUCGGCCGUGGAGGUGGAGAUGGAAAGGUAGAAGCUGCGCGUGAGCUCGUGCAUGCGCUCGGUGGGAUGGAGGCGUUUAGGAAUACAAGUGUGGUGUGUACACUCGGCGCAAAAGGGGUCCUGGCGCGUCAAUGCGGAGUCGAGAAAGGGAUGGAAAUUGUGUAUGUCCCUGCAGCGAAGCUACGAGGAGGUGUUCCAAAAGACACAACGGGCGCUGGCGAUUGUUUUGCAGGAUACUUUGUGUGUGAGCUCAUGGGGAUGGCUGAUGCUCAUGAUGAUUCUGCCGAUAAGGAGGGUACAGACUUCAAGUUGACCCAGAUGGAAUUGGAGAAGUUAUUGAAGGUCGCAGUGCAGGCUGCGGGUAUGUGCUGUGAGAAGAGCGGGACGAUUGAUAGUUAUCCUACGAGAAGGGAAGUAGAAGAACGCAUGAAGGACGGUGUGUAA